AACACACACACACUAACGAUGACAGAACAACACAAAAUUCAUACUAAAAAUGGAAACUUCAACAUAAUCAAACCUAACCCAUCUCAUUUCAAAACCUUCCCUUCCAUUUUCUCGUCGCGAAAAAGCUCCGUUCUUUAGCACUUUAAUGGCUCCGAGAGGACGACCCAGAAGGUCACCGGCGCCGGGCAUGGGGCAGGGUCAGAGGAGAAUGGAUGCUGCUAUUGAUGCUAUGAGGGGCUUUGGAUUUGCUGAUGAGAUGAUUUUCAGUACUAUUAAUGAGCUUCUUGAAGUUUAUGGAGCAGAAGGAUGGCCUUUUAUUGAAGAGGCUGCUUAUAAAGUUUUGCUUGACACUAUUCUUGAGAAAGUUGAGAAUGAGACUGAAGAAAAGGGGGAGGGUGGAGAUGCAGACAAUGUUAAAGCACUAGCUUCUGGGCCUUCAAGCAGCGCUGUUUUACCUGCACGCUCUAAUGAGGAGGCUAUAGGCACUGAAUUACAUACUAACAAGCUUCUUGAAGAUAAUGUGGUUCCGGCUAUGAUAAAUGCAGACUCUGCAGAACCAACUGAUGGAUUUGAACAGAUUCCCCGUCCGCCACAUACUGGAGGAGAAGAAAGCAGCUGGAAGGACAUCAGCUUAGAUCAAGCCUCGAGGAAGAAAGAAACGAGCAAUGCUGGAGGAGCGAAUCCUACGAAUUCUCGUGCUGUUGAGAAACUCAGGAUCAACAGUUCUUCUGUUCAACGAGUUGACACACUUCCUAAACGUCAGCGUAAGCCUUGCUAUGGAUGGCUCAGUGGUAGUGAUGAUGAGUCGGAUAUUGUGGAACUAACACCAGCACCAUUACCAGAUAAGCUAGCAAAAUUGCUCCCUCAAACAAAUGUAGUUCGCAAGAAUCGGAAGAGAAGAUGGGAUGUAAGGCCUGAAGAUAAGUAGACUUAUCGAGAACUACUUUCAGAUUAUUGCAAAGAGUAAGUAAAACUUAAAGCUCGAAGUUUGCUCUUGAAUGUUUAGAGUUUUGUAUAUCCUUAGGCUAACAUGUAAGUAAGAAACAUCUAAAGAUAGUGAAUAGUUGAAUAGUCUAUUAUUGUUCUAUAUAGUACGGAAAUGGAAAUGCUUAACGGGAAACACCGAAACCAAAAAAUGGAAAACACCAUCUUUUACUAGAUUACGUUAUAAAUAUAGAAUUUGGAGUUUCAGAAAUGUCUCCGGAAGAGGAAAUGAAAUAUCGAAAUGUAGAGUCCGGGAUGUUUUCGUGAAACAUAGUUAAAUGUUUGAGCAAUUUAGUAA